AUUGUGACUAUAGGAUAUAGACCUGGUAUUGAAGUCAAUUGUUCUAAUUCACAAGAUACAGAUGAAAUGUUGAUAGCAUGUGUUUCUCAGAAACCUGCUUUAUAUGAUCAUCGAUUACCAGUUUCUGAGCGAACAAAUUUGAAAAAAAAUGCCUUGUGGCAAGAAGUUUGCAAUAUGAUGGGAGACAUCAUGGACGUUACCGCUGCCAAAAAGAGAUGGAAAUAUUUAAAGGACUGUUAUGCAAAGGAUAGAAAGAAAAGCAACGAGUACAUACCAAGUGGAUCAGCAGCUCCUAAAGCACGGAAAAAUACUUUCCGUUUUUACGAGGCCAUGAGCUUUUUAAACGAUUGUAUGGAAACAAGACAAACAGUAAGCACUCUGCCCAGAAAUUCAUCAGUCUCAAACAAUCCAUCUGUAUCAAUAUCACAGGCAUUGACACUACGGGCAUCAUCAAUAGCAUCGACUUUUAAUAUGUCGGAGAAUGGGAACACUGCAUCAUCUGAGAAUGCAGAAGAAUGUGCUACAUUAAGUUCUAAUUCCUAUUCAUCGAAAAAAAAAAAAUCAAAAAGAGAUUCUAACAGUUUAGAUGAAGUUUUUUUAACAACACUAAUGGCCGAACCAGCGGCACAAAAUGAUCCAACCUCUAACUAUGCACUGAGUUUAGCUGAUGGGCUU